GCCUUCUGUAACACAAAUCGGUCCUUCGUCAUCACUGUCUCCAGCCAUCCCUCUUAGGGUCGCGUGGCCUCGUCAACACUUCGGCGCCGCCGGCAGCCUACGCAUCGUUCUCGCCUGCCCUGAAUCGCUCGUGUCGGUCGGACGGCGCCCAAUGCCGAGACAAGACGAGCCCAAGCUGCAUGCUGCAGAGGCUGUGCCGGACUCGCGGGGCAAGGCGUCAGGGCGGACGGGCGCGCCUGUUGCCAAAUUGGUGCUACCGCCGGAGAGGGCAGCUGCGCGUCAGGUCGUCGAUGACGGUCAUUUAGCCCUGUGCUGCUGUGCAGCCGCUCCUUGGCUUGAGAGGACGUCGGUCCCCUCUUCCUUCUGUACCAUUGGAGUUGCCGCUUCCAUCGGUACGAUCUACAAGCUCAAGCUCGAUCACCAUAGCCCUCACCACCCUUACGUCCUAUCCUCUGCGCUCUGCGAGGGACCUGCGUUGCUUGGUCAAGGGGACCACCCUUCCUCACCCACUUUCCAAUACCCCGACUCGACUCGACUCGACUUGCCCAUUAUGACCGAUAACGCCAGCUCAAGAGAAGGGCCUAGCCUCAGCAAGGAGGAGGCGGCCAAGGCAUCCAAGGUGGCUCAAGGUAACAGCAAUAGUAACUCCUCGUCGCCAGACGACCGUGAGAUCGCUGCCGCCAGCUUGAUUCAGAGGAACUAUCGCGGCUACAAGACGAGGCGAGAGCUGCAAGGCAUGGGGCUCGAUGCCGGUGCGAGAUGGGAGGAGGCUUUUCAUCACAUGAAGUUAGAUGAUGCGAGGGAGCAGCAGUUGGGAAAGAAGCAGGGAGGCGGCAAGAGCGACGCCGCCAAUCGCUGGAAGAGAGGAGGCGUCCUAGUUGGACAGAUCGCAGGAUCGCCAAGCUGCGGUGGCUCAGGCGAAAAAAAGAAUGGGGGCACAGACUCGAAGGCUGCCGGGCCUAUCGGGACUGAUGGCCCGGUGCAGGGCGGGCCCACGAUCCACGAGGAUGGCAGAUCCAGUGGUAGCGGCGAGUCCUCGGCCCCAGCAGAGGGCGCACCGCAGAAGACCAAGUCAGAGGGAAUGGUCGGUGACGUACCUGGAGCGCAGGAAGAUGGCAAGAUCGACAAUGUCAAGCCGAUCGCGAAGCGUAACCAGCAUGGCCUGAAGAUGAUCGAGUGGUGGACCAGGGGGUCAGCUGCGCAGGACUUGUCCAAGACGAUGGAGGCUGCGUACUGGCUGGAGAUGGUCGACAAGAAGCGUGAGCAAGUCACGAAGGGCGACUGGCUGAGAUAAGAGCUGACAUGCUGCCCCUUUGGCGCACAGACCGAUACGGCUCCAAUCUCAAGCCCUACCACGCGGCCUGGAGUUCAUCAGACACAAAGGAAAACUUCUUUGUCUGGCUGGACGAAGGUGGUGGCAAGGACAUGGACCUAGAUGACUGCCCACGUGAGCGCUUGGAGUCGGAGCGCAUCACCUAUCUGACCGCAGACCAGCGCCGCAACUACAUCGUCGACGUCAAGGACGGCAAGCUCUACUGGCGUCGCAAUGGCAAGCCGCUGGAUACCACGCGGGGAAAGCACAAAGACCUGGGAGAUGGGCAGGGGAUCGUGGAGCUUGGGCCGGAGGAGCAAGAGGAGCAGGCGAGG